CUACUUUUCAUUCGGUGCUACACAAACACUUGAAGUAUUUACAUCUCGGCAGCAUUCAAUGGCAAUGAUCCGUUUGUGCGACUACUACAAAGAUGUACAUUCACAUCAACAGGUCUAUCAGAUCACUUGUCUUUCUUCAGGAUAAUAUGACUGCAUGUAUAAUUUCACCUUCAUCCACUCAACAAAGUAUUGGACUUGGGCUCAUAGGUUCAACUGGUUUCUGAAUAUUCAUACUUGCGUUUCUACAGAUUUUGAUAUCAACAUUUAAACUGUGUAUUGGACUGUAUUCCAGUUACUGCAGCAAUGAAUCAGUCCCAAAGAAAACGGCUGAAGUGCUAUCAAAUCCUCUGUUUUAUCUUGGUAAUGCUGGUUUGUUGGAUCUACUGGGUUUUAACAGGCAGGGACGAGGAGCUCUGGAAGAGAAAAGUUCAAACAGAGGAGGCUGGCAUAAUGAAAACAAAUCAACAUCAUCCCCCCAUGCAGAAGCUAAAGUCGUCAUAUGAAGCAAGGACGGACUUGGCCAUGAGUUCUGCUAUCAAAACACGGGAUUAUUCACGGUGUAUUUAUUUAGAGCCAUUACCCAAACCUACUGCCAACACUUCCCAACACACAACAGUCCUCACCACAGUCACUCCAAAAAUGGACAAUAGUCCACCGCCUCCUGGCAAAGCCCCUCACAGGAAAGGAUACUAUCCCGAAGACCUCUUUACAUUGGAACAACGCAGGCACGGUUGGAUUCUUCUUCAUAUUUCUGGCAUGAUUUAUAUGUUUUUUGCCUUAGCCAUAGUAUGUGAGGAAUUCUUUGUUCCGGCUCUUGGAAUCAUUACGGAAAAGCUCCACAUCCCUGAAGAACUCGCAGGAGCCAACUUUCUAAUCUCAGGGGGUUUUGCUCCAGAGUUCUUCACCUCGCUCAUCGGGGUCUUUCUCCCCCACAGUAAUGUAGGUUUUGGAACCAUCGUGGGGUCGGGAUUUUUCAACAUUCUUGUUGUUAUUGGCAUGUGUGCUUUGUUCUCAGAGGAGAUACUCAGUCUGAAUUGGUGGCCACUACUCAGGGAUGUCACCUUCUACACAUUUCACCUGCUAAUGCUCAUCGUGUUUUUCAUGGAUGACAUCAUCACCUGGUGGGAAAGUGUACUUCUGCUGCUGGGAUGUUUGGCUUUCAUGGUCGUCAUGAAGUAUGAUGAACUUCUGAAAGGAACUGUUAAAUUGUACCUUCAAAAACAUGACAACAUUGCUAAAGUUCUCACCACUGAUGAGCCUGAAGAGAUAAGGCCUGAUGUAUUUAGAGGAGGCGGUUCAGAUUCUCUGCGUAGCUGCACGUCACGAAACACCAUCUAUCAGCUUAUAAUUCACGCCACCAACCCCUUCAGAGAAGCAGGUUUGGACAAGAGGAAAGCAGCAGUUAAAACUGUGCAGGUGUCAAACCCAGCAGAACCCUCCAAAAGCACCGAUGAAGAGCAACAGACCUCAGAUUCUGAGACGUCUGGGAGCUUUGAAAGCGAUGAUGAAGAUGAUGAUGAUGAUGGUGAUGAUGAUGAUGACAGCAGCAGCAGUCAGGAAGAUGACAGUGAUGCCACUGAUGAUGAGGAUGAAGACAGUGAGAACAGUAAUGAGGAAGAUGAUAUUAAUCAGCCGCUGGCUCUUAAAUGGCCAGAACGGGAACUAAUUCAUGUUCCAUACAUUCUGUUGUUGCCCAUCACCAUCUCGCUGUACUUUACUCUCCCUGACGUCCGCAAACAGGCCUCAAAAAAAUAUUUCGUGGGAACAUUUUGUGGUUCCAUCCUAUGGAUCGGGGUGUUCUCAUAUUUCAUGGUGUGGUUGGCUCAUCGGGUGAGUGAAACAGUUGAUGUAUCUGAGGAGGCGAUGGGUCUGACCAUCCUGUCAGCAGGCAUCUCUCUACCUAACGCCAUCACCAGUGUUAUAGUGGCACGGAGGGGUUUGGGUGGCACGGCCGUUUCCAGAUCUGUGGGCACCAAUGUGUUUGACCUUACUGUCGGGCUGUCAGUGCCAUGUCUGCUGUAUUCAAUGUUCACUGGUGGUCGUGCCGUGUCAGUCAGCAGUACUGGCCUGUUCUGUGUCAUUGCAGUGCUCUUCCUCAUACUGCUGUCUGGUGUCACCUCCAUUGCUGCUUUCAAGUGGAAAAUUAACAAAAUGUUUGGUCUUAUUAUGCUCAUGAUGUACCUCCUCUUCCUAUUUAUCAGUGUGCUUCUAGUGUAAAUUAGUUUAAUAUGAGCUCAUUAAAGGGAAAGUUCACCCAUUAUUUACUCACCCUCAUGCCACCCCAGAUGUGUAUGGCUUUCUGUCUUCAGUAGGACACAAAUGAAGAUUUUUAGAAGAAUAUUUCAGCUCUGUAGGUUCAUACAAUGCAAGUGAAUGGUGACCUGAACUUUGAAGCUCCAAAAGCACAUAAAAGACAGCAUAAAAGUAAUCCAUAAGACUCCAGUGGUUUAAUCCAUGUCUUCUGAAGCGAUAUGAUAGGUGUGGGUGAGAAACAGAUCAAUAUUUAAGUACUUUUUACUCUAAAUCACCACCUUUGACCAGCCCCAACCAGUAGGUGGCGAUAUGCACGAAGAGUGUGAAUCGCCAAAAAACAAAAGAAGAAGAAUGUGAAAUUUGACAUUUAUAGUCAAAAAAGGACUGGGAUGGCACGAGGGUGAGUAAACAAUGAGAGAGUUUUCAUUUUUGGAUGAACUAUCCCUUUAAUUUAUAUUUUUCAAUCUACGCCUGAAAAGCAAAGCCGAGAAACUGUAAGGCAGAAUAAAUCAGAUUUUUUUGGGGGGGUGGGGGGGGCGUUAGACUGAAAUCUAUGCAGUUUCUGUGGUCUGAUUAACAAAAAAAGCACACAAAAACCAAUUUUUAACAACCUGUGUUUCAAGUGUUUCCAAGAUAACCUUAAUCUUCAAUAACACUGAAGUUUUCUGCAGAAAUAUUCCAUCUACAUGUGUUUUGACAUCUUUAUUUUCCCUUUUUUUUUUUACUUUGUAUGUUUUUAUUCUUUGCUGUGUUUUAUUAAAUAAGUUCAAAGAUUAUUUGCUGCCUAAUUCCUGUGAAACUAAAUCCUCUGGAUUACAAACGUCACAAAUCAACAUGUUACAAAAAUAUUAAAAUAACAAGUGCCGCCUUAAAAUUGUUACUGACCCAUUUAAAACCUUAUUUUCAUUUUUACAUUUUUUUCCCCAAAAAUAUUUUAAUAUGUUUUUUUAAUCUUAUGAUUUGCAUUUUUUUCCUGCGACUGCAAUACAUUUGACAUAAAAUUGCCGCCAUAGGUGGAGCUUAGAAAAGGGUCAAUUGAAGUAAUUAAUAACUGUUUUUUUUUUAAUGAUUUUUUUUUUUUAGCUUUGAUAGACUCAAAUCAGCACUUACAAUUGAAUAAAUAGUUCACCUUAUAGCAUCACAUACUGUAUGGAACAAUAACUCACCAAUAUCUAUGUUUUCUUCACCAAGCACAACUCUACAGAGAAAGAGAAUAUCUCUGUAUAAACUUCUGUCAAAGAUGAAAAUAAGACAGAGACAUUAUGUACAUUAUGCAAAUGCUUGUAGGCUAUUUUCUUAUAUGAAAGUCUGUGCAUGUGAUGCGUCAGUUGUGUGUUGUAUAUGAAUUCACCUCUUUCUGUGAGCUCCAGUUGAGUAUGAUAACAGCUGUAGCAGCU